GGCUGCAGGGCCGGGAAGCUGCUUCUUAGGCUGGCCGGGUCCUGCGGUCCGGGCCGCCCGCCGCGAUGCCGAGCCCCCGGAGGAACGCCGAGGGACGCCCGCUAGCCGCCUGCGCCCCGAGCAGCAGCGGCAGCCCGGCCCAUGGCGGCGGCGGCGGCAGGUUCGAGUUCCAGUCCCUGCUCAGCAGCCGCGCGCCGGGCACCGACCCCACCUGCGCCCGGCUCCGCGCGUCCGAGAGCCCAGUGCACCGCCGCGGCUCGUUCCCCCUGGCCGGGGCGGGCUCCUCGCCGGCGCUCCCGUCCCCGCUGCCCGAGGAGGACCGCAUGGACCUGAACCCGUCCUUCCUGGGCAUCGCCCUGCGCUCCCUGCUGGCCAUCGACCUGUGGCUGUCUAAGAAGCUGGGGGUGUGUGCGGGGGAGAGCUCAUCCUGGGGCAGCGUGCGGCCCCUUAUGAAAUUGCUGGAGAUCUCGGGACACGGCAUCCCCUGGCUGCUGGGCACCCUCUACUGCCUGUCCAGGAGCGACAGCUGGGCCGGGCGAGAGGUGCUGAUGAACCUGCUCUUCUCCCUGCUGUUGGACCUGCUGCUGGUGGCCCUGAUCAAGGGGCUGGUCCGCAGGCGCCGCCCGGCCCACAACCAGAUGGACAUGUUUUUCACCCUUUCGGUGGACAAGUACUCCUUCCCUUCGGGCCAUGCCACCAGGGCCGCCCUGGUCUCACGGUUCAUCCUGAACCACCUAGUGCUGGCCAUUCCACUGAGGGUGCUCGUGGUACUGUGGGCCUUCAUCUUGGGCCUCUCCAGGGUCAUGCUGGGGCGGCACAAUGUCACCGACGUGGCUUUUGGCUUUUUUCUGGGCUACAUGCAGUACAGCAUCGUGGACUACUGCUGGCUUUCACCGCACAAUGCUCCAGUCCUCUUUGUACUGUGGAACCAACCAUGACACCAUCUCAUUUGUUAUGGCACCAGCUCUGAAAGUUUCUACACGUGACGAUGCUGACAUAAACCAGCAGCCAUCCUGCUUGCCCCCCUAAGGAUUUCAGGCUUCCUUUUGGGAUUUCAGGUGUCCUACAAUCUUGACGGAUUGCUAGGCUAGAGCACAGUGCUGACCAUUACUGAUGACAGCCAUAUUAUAGAAAGCAACCCCCCCCCAUUAUAUACCUAUUCAACAACUUUUUAUAUCUCCAGGACAACUGCAAAGAAACCAAGUUGAGGUGAUUAUAAUGCUGCUUUUUAAAAGUUGGCAUCAGAAAAUUUUGUUUUGUGUAAUCCUGUAAGUCAACAUAUCACUUGUAAACUGAACUUUGAAAAAACAAAUCACCUUCAUUCUGUAAAUAUACAGGCAGAUGAGCCACAUACUAAUCCUAGUUCUUUUCCUGAGGUAGAUUUUAAACAGUACUUUAAGAGUCUAAGACAUAGGUUAUUCUAAUUUAUCCUCUGAAGAUCUGUUACCACAGUUGGGAAGAUUUAUUCUUAAUCCUAAUUUUCUUGGUAUGCUUUCUUAGUUUUGUCUCUUAUAUCUUUGCGCAUCAGGUAGUGAGAAGAGAGAUUACAGUACAUAUUUCUCUCCUUUUCCUCUACCUCCUCAAAAGAUCUUUAAAAAGAUAUUUAUUUCCCACUAAUUGUUUUUCUGCAUUCAGAGAACAAACCAAGAACUUACCUGAAGAAGAAACACUUAAAGGCGGGCAUAUGGACAGUGCCCAUAGAAAAGGAAAGAUGGGACUAUGGCCUCAUGCUUAAUUCUGUUGACAGCAAAUAGCAUGGCAUGACAGAGGACAGAAAAGCGAAGCUGCUGAGGAGAUCAAAGGAACUGAGAGUCUGGGGGUAGGCUCACUACAUACUUUGUCAGUGGCCCAACAUGGAAGAAGAUGGGCCCUGCUGCCUACCAUCUCUACUGAAUAAAGAAUAAUGCUUCUUUAAUGAGGUAAUAAAAUGGAAAAAUAACUUGAUUCUUUGCAAUGCAACAGCAUAAGCUUUCAAAUAUAUACCACAAGGAUGACCCUGUAUAUUAUAUUUUUCAUAUGGAAUUCCAUUUCCCUGUAUACAGCACACUUUAGGUAACAGUAUUUAACUUGAAAUUCAUCAAGUGGAGCCUACUGCUAUACCAGGCACAAAGUAUAACUCCUAAAUUUCCAUUUAUAUUGACCCUCACAAUUAAAGCAGUUUAUCGAUGGUGCCUCCCCGAAUCACAAGACCAAAAACCUCCAAAUGCAGGGUGGACUCUGCUCAUUAUUCUUUGAUCAGGAAAGAUGGAAGAGGGUGUGUGCUUUAAAUGCUGCUCUGCCUGAAAAUAUGAACCUUUAAAUUACCUAUGGAACUGGUGUCUUUAGAUAAUCUUAACAACCAAUUAUUUUGACAUUUAUAAAUAGAAAGGAUUAUGGCAUUUGAUCUGUCAUAUAGAGAUGUACAUAGGAAUCCAGAGAAUGGCUGUGACAGGUAGGCUCUGAUUGGGUGGAAGUGUGAACUUUCUGAGCGUGAGAGGAACACUGAAAAAGGAAUAGCUACUUUUCAAAAUGAAGCAAAAUUAUUUGCAUUUCCACAACAUCCUGAACACAGACUACAUCUUCACUUCCUGAAUCAGCCAAACUACGACACUCUAAGUGGUUUCCUUUAUUGUUUAGACUUAAAGAGAUCCUUUAUUUUAAUUGCAGCAAUAUUCAGGCCAGAUAUUUGGAAGCAGUUUUUCUUCUUGCAGCAUCUACAAGUCUGAAUACUGGGAGAUCAAAAUUAGGCUCACCUCCUUUCUGGUUAUUUUUCUGGAAUUCCCUAUCUUGGUUGCUGGGGCCUGAGUUUGCUGGCUUUUAAAGCACAGAUCAAUUCACCUGAUUUUUUUUGAAGCAUCGUAAGUACUGUAGAGUAAAAAAAACUGAUUCCACUGUUAAUUAACUGUACACUGAAGAAUACCAUUUAAAAAUCAAAAUAAAAUUAACCAGUAAUGUUGAAUGAAGUGAGAUGAAAACUUGUUUAAUUUUUGCCUUAAUGAGUAGGAAGACAGAUUUAUCACUCAACGUCUCAAGAAUUCCUUCAUCUUACUGCACAAUUGUGAGAGGUCACAGUUGAUAUAGCACAAAUGAUAUAGUCUGGUACUAUUUACUGUCAGCAAAAUCGGUCAAAUCCAGGAGAUUUCCAUCUUUGUUUCAGAGCUGCACUUAGGAUGAAAUCACAGCAUCUGUCACUUGUAUGGAGGCUAACCAGAUUUUCCACAGCCGUAAACUGUUGGUGUUCUGCUUAUAAACCUGGCCAGUAGAGAAGCUCCUUAUAGCUUUCAGGUAAAGCUGCCUGACAGUCUGUCACCAACUACACAUGGAAGCUGAAAUAAGGAAUAACUGACCCCAAACAGGAACAAUGGAGUCACUCUGCCACAGCACCUCACAUAAGCAGGAUUCAGUGGAUAAUUAUUAAACAGCUGUUGAUUGAUCCCUUUUGGAAUUAGCAAGCCAGAGCCAUCUGUAGGGGAAGUAUCUUAGAAAAUACUUGAUUGGUUUAUAGAGGUGGCAAAUUAUCAGGGAAGUGACCUGGCUUUCUGAAAUUAAGAUCUUCCCUGGUUAUUUAAAGGGGCUUUUUAAUCUUCACAAAUCUGUAUCCCGGAAAAGAAAAUAAAAUCCUUCUUGGACU